CAUACGCCAGUUGUAUCGCCAUCAGUCGCGGCAGAGUCACGCGCCCGCUCGCAUCUCACGCGCGCAAAAAAAAAAACAAAAAACAAUCGCCCGUUUUUGAUUUUGCUUUUCUUCUUUCGUCAUCGAAGAAAAGAAAAAUCGCAAACAAAAACAGUGUGGUCCCAAUUCAUCCUUCCUACUUGUGCAAAAAAAAAAAAAAAAAAAAAAAAUUCAAAAUUAACGUUCUGAAAAUUUUUGGUUGGCGGAACAAAAAUUCAAAAAAAAAAAAAAACUGUGCGGAUCAAACUACUGCGCUGGUGUGUUUGGUUUCAUCAUCUGCGGGCAAACAAACGCGUGUACAAUUUCUCGUAAUCGUGACUCGGCAGGAAAUUCCCCAUUUCUAUUCAUUCGUGGUGAAAUAACAAAAGAGUUCCGCGCUCGUCCUAAAACCCGCAAAUUAGCCAGUGAAAUUCUCCUUCCUCCGCCACCCCCCGUUCGAUCGUGAAUAAAUCGGGGAAAAAAAAAAAAGAGAGUGCCAGUUUGUGUGUGUGUGUGUGUAUUCCGUGUGUGCGAAUUGUUUAAGAAAAAAAAAAAAAAAAAAAAAAAAAAGAUCUGCGCCGAGACGGCUGACCGCCGCCGUCUCCAGUGACAUCAUCAUCCAAUUACACAACCAAAAAAAAACCAUUGAAAAUCCCCCCCCCCCACCUCCCGCUUCCCUCUCUGCCUUCCUUGCCCAAAGUCUCUUACCUUAACCAAAAGGAAACAAGAAAAGAAAGAAAUAAAAUUCGAGUGUCUCACCUGUUCACAACGAAAAGCCGCAAAACGUUUUUUUUUUUUUUUUUUCGAAGAAUCCAAAAACAAAAGAAACUCGGCGGCGUUGUUCGACUGGCGCAGUGUGUGUGUGUGUGUGUGUUUUCCAAUUCUCACAUGGCCGGUGUUCCGUUGCCGUUGACGAGCAAUGACGACGUGGUGUCGGCCGGACCGAGCUUCUUCUGCUUUAAAUCUUCGUUCGUCGUCGUGCGUGUCGUCUGCCGGCUCGGUGGCCGCCCUUCCGUCCAGCAUUGCCAACAGUAAGCGCAAUCAUCAUCAUCAUCAUCAUCGUCAUCACCAUCACGUUCGCUACUCGCAUCCCGCUCGCCGGCCAAGUGAUUCAUCGGCGUGCAGCAGCGAUCGCCUGCAGACAGCGGCCGCGUCGCGUCAUUCCAUCGCCGACAUCCUCGGCUGGAAAAGCCAUCCGGCCGAUCAUCACACGGCCUCCAACGCCAUUGGCUCCGGCAUUUGCAAAAUCGAGCGCGCCGACGGCCACCCGUUCGAGCCGUUCGUCUUAGGUGAGCGACGUCGUUACGACGAAGGCGCUAGCCGAGAGGAGGGGGAGGAGGAAGAAGAGGACGAAGAAGACGACGGAAUGGCUUCCGAGUGCGUGGAUGUGGCCGAUAUGGUGAUCAGUGACGAGCCGUUGGAUUUGAGCCUGGACAAGAGCAAGUGUCGGCGUGAAAGGGAGCGAGAGAGUUCCGGCACGCCCAUCAAACGCGCCAAAGUGGUCGUCGACGCUAUCGAGCCGGCCAGCGAUGGCGGGACGGACGAGGGAGAUAUGGACGUCGGGCCGUGGGGUAGUGUCCAGCCGCAUUUGCAAAUGGCCGCCAAUUUCUCGACUGUGCUCCAGUACUAUUUGACGGCGGCCCGUCUAUGGCAAACGAGUGAAGUGAUCCGAUGUCAGGAAUCGCAGCAGAGGGCCGGCGGCGAGACCGACAGCGAGGCCAACGACGACGGUCACGCGUCCGACACCAACACGGCCGCUGCGGCGGCCGUCGUAGCGGCCGCCGUGGCCGCCGCCGGAAGCGAUCCAGCCGGCAUCGUCUUCCCCGUCCAGUCACAGCAGCAGCAGCAAGUCCAGUCGAACAACAGCGGCGGUGGCGGCGGCGGCGGCGGCAACAAGCGCAGGAAGAACAAGGACGGCCAUCACCACCAGAACAUGGUGACCGUGGCCGACCUGGUCCAUUCCGGCGGCGGUGGCGAUCCGGCCAACGGGCAAUCGAGGCCGCGCAAAACCCGCACCACCUUCACCGGCAAACAGCUCUUCGAACUGGAACGGAUUUUCGAACAGAAAAAGUACCUGUCGUCCAACGAGCGCCAGGAAGUUGCCCGUCUGCUCAACGUCACUGGCUCUCAGAUCAAAAUUUGGUUCCAAAAUCGGCGCACCAAAUGGAAGAAGCAGGAUCCCAACACGGCGGCCGAGCUGGCCCAGCUCAAGUCGGCCAGCCGUAGUUCUCAACAGGGCACCUCAACAUCGUCGUCGUCGGCGGCCGCCGCCGCCGCUGCCAAAGGUAAAAACGGCGACGAUCAGCCGGCAUCGGCCAACGCAAACGACGAUAUCGCCAGCGCUGGCGAGAACGACGACAUCAAUAGCGACGACGCUUCAUCCCCACCGGCGCCACGAUCGCCUUCUUCCGUCUAAACAAAAUUUUAAAAAAAAAAAACAAAAAAAACAA